AGGAGCGAAGAGAAGAAAAAAGAAGACAACAAGAUGCUACUAAAGAAAUGCAACUACUUGAAAAAGAAAGAAAGGCAAAGAUCCAGUAUGAAAAACAGAUGGAAGAAAAACAGCGAAAGCUGCGAGAACAAAAGCAGAAAGAUGAACAGCGAAGAAUAUCUGCAGAAGAAAAAAGAAAACAAAAAUUACGGGAAGAUAAGGAAAAAUUCAAAGCUGUUGUCUCUCGUACAUUGGAGCGCAACAACCAUAUUGAACGUGUAAAAAGAUCGGAAGCCUCUGUGACAGUGAACUCUGAAAGCAAAAUGGUCAAUAAACCAUCUGUAGCUAUUGAAAAACUUGAACAGGAGACUUCUGGAUCAAACAAACAAAGAACUGUGCCAUCUUCCAGUCUUCAGAAUUCUGUUGCCAAAAGUGUUCACAACCCUGUAAUGCAGUAUACAAACAUGCCCUUACUUAUCCCUAACAGGGAUGAAUUAAAGAAUACCAUAGAGCUUUUUUGCAAGUCAACAGUGGCAAUAUCUCCCCAGGAAAAAAAAGGAACACCCUUCAAGGUGAGCCUUGAAGCACCCCUUGAGGGGAGUGCAGAAGUGGCCCCCAAGGCUGAGGCGAAUGUGGAAGCAGCCCCAAAGGGGAGUACAGAAGUGGCCCCUGAGUCUGAGGCGAGUGUGGAAGCAGCCCUCAAGGGGAGUGCAGAAGUGGCCCCCGAGGCUGAGGUGAGUGUGGAAGCAGCCCCAAAGGGGAGUGCAGAAGUGGCCCCCGAGGCUGAGGAGAGUGUGGAAGCAGCCCCCAAGGGGAGUGCAGAAGUGGCCCCCAAGGCUGAGGAGAGUGUGGAAGCAGCCCCCAAGGGGAGUGCAGAAGUGGCCCCCGAGGCUGAGGAGAGUGUGGAAGCAGCCCUGAAGGGGAGUUCGGAAGUGGCCCCCGAGGCUGAGGCGAGUGUGGAAGCAGCCCUCAAGGGGAGUGCAGAAGUGGCCCCCGAGGCUGAGGCGAAUGUGGAAGCAGCCCUCAAGGGGAGUGCAGAAGUGGCCCCUGAGGCUGAGGCGAGUGUGGAAGCAGCCCUCAAGGGGAGUGCAGAAGUGGCCCCCGAGGCUGAGGCGAAUGUGGAAGCAGCCCCCAAGGGGAGUCCAGAAGUGGCCCCCGAGGCUGAGGCGAGUGUGGAAGCAACCCUCAAGGUGAGUAUGGAAGCAUUCCCAGAAGUCAGUGUGGAAACACUGUCUGACAGCGUUGAAAUAUCACCUGUGGGGAGCGAGGAUGUGUCUCUUGUGAGCGUCGAUCCAUCCCCUGAAGUAAGCAUGGAUUCGUCCUCUGAGGUGAGCUUCGACUCACCUCCAGAGGUGAGCAUGGAAACCUCAGCUGAGGAAACCAUGGAAUUGUUCCACAAGGCUAACAUGAAAAUGAUUCGUGAGGAAAGCUUAGAAACAAUCCCGGAGGAGAACAUGGAGGAACCUGCUACAGCAAAUGUGAAAGUACCCCCUGAGUCAUGCCCUGCAGUGAGCGUGGAAACAUCUUCCAAGGUGAAAGUUAGAGACACUCCACAGAAAUCAAACCCCAACAAGAAGCGCCCAUUGACACAGGUACCAAUUUCUAGAUGGCCAUCUGCAAGUGGAUGGUGUUCAUCCUAUCCCUUCAGUGCUAAUAGGCAAAUCCAAAAGAGUCAUCCACCAUCCUUUUUUCUGGUCAUGGCAGAACAGCCAGUACAACCUUCUCCUUCCUGUAAAGCACUUCCUGUUCAGUAUGACCUAUGUGCACAAAAUGUAUUAGAUACCAUCAAGAGGAAAAAAGAAUCAGUUUCUAAAACCACUACCAGCUCUGAGACUCUGAGCCAAGAGCACGUGACCGAUGAAGAGUCUGCACGUAAAGGCUCACAAGGGAUUAUGAGUGCUGAGGAGGAAACAAACAUUUUGGCAGCAAAACAACACCUUGCUCAUGAACAAAGAGAAAAAGAAGAAAAACUACAAAAAGAAAUGGAGCAAAGGAAAGAGAUAGACGUGACAAAGAAAGAAGUUGAAGGCCAAGAAGUGUUCUCAAAAUUUGACAAUGGGCAACGGCAAAAGAAAAUAACAAAGAAGAAAAGAUGUCAGGACCAACAAAACCAGAAAAUGCUAUUACAGAAAGGGGACAGCCAAAUAAAAGCUCAGGAGGAGGCCAACGAAUGCCAGAAGGAACAGGAAAAAAAUGUAUUAUGGAAUUUACCAGAAAGAUCAGAAAGAAAAAAGAGAUUUGAGGAAAUUAUGAAGCGGACCAGAAAGACAAAUUUGAAUACCUCGAAGGUUUCACCAACAGCCGGCACUGACAUAUAUGAGGAACAUGAGGCAGAUGAUGAGGAUGAGUCUGAGAGUGAUGAUGCGGAUUAUUUUGAUCUACCAGCCAGUACCAGUGGUGUGAGUCCAUUUAGAAAAAUGAAGGCAAGCUUUAGAAAUGUGAAGCGCAUACCCAGGCUGCUGUUUUUAGAUGUCAAUUCCGACAAAGUUUAUUCAGUGAAAAAAACAUCUUUAAAAAGUGACGUGAAAAACUUAAGACAAAAGGUGAAAGACCCUUUGGCUCAGGCCAAGGGUAUCAGGCUAUCCACCAACACAAUUAUGAAUCAAGUAACAAAAACUGAAAAGGCUGGGGAAAGCAGCAACACCAUGGAACCACCCGAAAGUUUACAGUCAAUGACACAGGAAAGUACACAUGACCAAAUACUAGAUAUCACCAGUGAGAUUGAGCCACUCGAGUCUGAUAUUCUUCCUGAUAGCCAAAAGCACUAUUUGAAAGGUUCCCUAACAUUCUACCGAAGUUCCCAGAUACCUUUAGAAGACAAAGAUAGAGACAAAUCUGAUUCUGCUUCAUCAGAUAUUUAAACCUCAUGAAGCCUGGAAAAAAAUUUAUCCUCCAUGCUGGGUUUCAACUUCCAGGCCCGUCACCCAAAAUUUCUCCACUUCCACCUGAACCAGGCAAAGAAAAGAACCAUUCCAAGAAAGGAAAACACCAAAUAAGUCAUUUUAGCAGAUCUGAGAAGAUACUCCCUCAUUUCAUCUCGAAUCUUGUGCAUAAGAAAGGGUUCUGAGUAAAUAGUGUU